UUAGUAUAAACAUAGUAAGAAUAAUAAUUUAACGAACUUUGCAUUCGAUAUGUGAAAUUUCAAUCAAUGUUUCGCUGCAUUUGACUAUUUGAGAAUUGGCGUCUGAACACGUUCGCGUGUUUCAUUCAAGGCUGGCAGAAGGAUACGUUUUUUGUCAGUUAUUUUGUUGUGUGUAUCGCUGUGCCAGGUCAGUUGAGCGUUCAAGGACUUUUUUGUGCAACAACAACAACAACAUCAACAAUAACAAUAAUAACAAUCAAUGUGCUUCAAGUGUGCAAAUAUAGCAAGAAAUGCAAAAGAAAACUCAUAGUUGUUAAAACAUAAUAGAAAGAUAAAUAAAUACAGUAGUCGUCAAGUGCUCGUAGGGAGAUGCAUUUCUGGAUUGAUAAACGUUCGCAGCAAUGCGGCUUUGGGCGCUCACGUGUUGCGGCUUCAUUGUCGCAUGCGGGCGGCGGCCUCAGUUACGGCCAUCCGCCAAGGCGCAACAAAUCCAGUAGCAACAGUGCCAACAAUAUGGCUGGUAGCAGCGGCAGUAGUGGCAGCCAUAAUCAAACGCUGGCCUCGGUGCAUCGCGGGCCAGCGCCUUAUGGGGGCGACUGCCAGUCAGGCGCUGGCACCAGUCGUCAGUCGUCGCAUUGUGCGAGCAGCAAUAAUAAUGCACAUGCGAGCAGUCAGCAGCAACAUCAACCAUUGCUGCAUCACAGCAGCAACAAUAACAACAGCAAUGUUGCCAUGCCAACAACUACCGCCAGCAACAACAACAAUCCGAAUGGCACCGCCACAUCGGCAGCGGUGCUAACAGGCAGCGGGACGAUUGUUCCGUUGGUGGCGCAUGGCUCACAUUACCAUCAGCACAGCACGCGCUAUCAGCCAAGACCGCAGCAUCAUCAGCAACAGUUGCAGCAGCAGCAUCUGCAGCUGCAACAGCAACAUCACCAGCAGCAUCAGCAGCAUCACUAUAGCUACAGUUAUCAUCAUCCUCAAUUUGGCAACAUGGCUGUGCCAGUGAGACAAUACGAGCAACAACAACAACAACAACAGCAGCUGCAGCAACACCAGCAACAGCAUCAGCAACAUGCAGGCGUCUACGCUGACGAUGCCUAUAGCGCCUACCAUCAUCACCACAGUAGCAGCAACAGCAACAGCAACAGCUGCAACAACACCAACAGUCGAUAUGCAACACCUCGACGUCACAACUCCAGCAGCAAUAUGCGCCAUGCAACGGUCACCGCAGCAGCAACAGCAACUACAACAGCCUCGGUGUCUGCCACAGCCACGCCCAUACCGCCCACACAAACACAGGCCGGGACACAAAGCAACCAACUGCAGCAACAGCAUCACGCACUGUUGCAACAUGCCGAUUCGCAGCUGUUGCCCAGUCAUCUGAAGUGCGGCAUGUGCGCCUCGCUGGUGCUGGCCUCAGUUUUUGUGGCUGGGGCAAAGUUCUACUUUGAUCACCAGGGCACUGGCCUGGAGGUGCUCAUAUUUUGCGCAUUCUCGGCUACUUUCUUUUUGGCCGCCUGCAUGGUGUCGCUGUGCCGCAUACCCAAGGGCUUGUUACCCAGCACCAGCAGCGGCGGCAGCAGCCGCAGCGAUGCACGCGCCGUAUGUCACAGCCGUGGCGGCAAUGCCACUAGCUGUAUGCUGGAGCUGAAUGAUGUCAGGUAUUUGGAUGAGCGACAGGUGGAGGUGAGUGCGGAAACGGCGGCAGCAGCAGCCGCUGGGCCACCGCCAUAUCAUAUAGCAAUAUUGUUGCCGGAACAGACGCCGACGGCACUGGGUAAACAGGUGCCACUGGAUGAGUCACCGCCGCCGUCCUAUGAUAAGAUACUCGUUUAGUUUGGGCUUGUUGGGAUAGCGCUUUGGUUUUCAUUUAGGAAUUGAGCGUCAAUUUCAGUUAAAAGCCAACUAUAAACCCAAUCCAACAUACCAAAUACUUUUGCUCAAUAUUUUUCUAAUGAUAUCAACAAGAAAUUUAUAUAUACAUAUA